AUAUAGCAAUAUUUUACCUUAUUUUUACAAUGGAAUUGGGAGAUAUUCCUAAAUAUUUUGCAGGAAAGACCAUUUUAGCUACAGGUGCAACGGGAUUCCUAGGAAAAGUUUUUGUGGAGAAGAUAUUAAGGGUUCAACCAAACAUAAAAAAGUUAUACCUUCUUGUGAGAUCAUCAAAUACUCAUUUAGCUACUCAACGCUUACACUUUGAGGUCUUUAAGAAAGACUUGUUCAGGUUGCAAAGAGAUGAGAAGGGUGAGAAUUUUGGUACUUUCAUAUCCGAGAAAGUUGUUGUUGUUGUUGGAGAUGUGUCUCUUGAGAUGUUGGGAGUAAAAGAUGCAAAGAUGAGAGAGGACAUGUUGAAAGAGAUAAAUAUAAUAGUACAUUCCGCUGCCACCACCAGAUUUGAUGAGAGAUUUGAUAUUGCAAUGGCCACAAAUACAAUGGGAGCUUUCAAUGUGUUGAGUUUUGCAAAAAACUGUCUCAAGCUAGAGAUUCUUUUACAUGUAUCUACGGCUUAUGUGUAUGGGCAGAUGAAAGGACUUAUUAGUGAGAAACCCUUCUUUAUGGGUCAGACACUCAAAGGCUCGUCAACAUUGGACAUUGAAUUAGAAAAGAAGUUGAUAGAGAAAAAAUUGAGUGAACUCGAAGCACAAAAGGCCGAUGGACAUACAAUCAAGAUGGUUAUGAAAAAGUUUGGAAUUGAAAGGGCAAAUUUGCAUGGAUGGCCAAAUACCUAUACAUUUACAAAAGCAAUGGGAGAGAUGCUUAUAUCAAAUAUAAAAGAUAUACCUUCGAUUAUUAUACGUCCAACUAUCGUAACCAGUACUCACUUUGAACCAUUUCCAGGUUGGGUCGAUGAUGUGAGAACUCUUAACUACUUUAUUGAUGGGUACGGUAAGGGAAUAAUAAAGAGCUUUGUUGGUGUUCCGGAGACUGUAUUAGAUAUUAUACCCGUGGAUAUGGUGGUAAAUUCCAUGAUAGUAGCCAUGGUGGCUCGUUCUAAGAAUCUUUGCACGAAUUUGAUCUACAAUAUUAGUUCUUCAGUGAGAAAUCCAAUCAACAUUUCUGAUUUUCUAGAUAACAUGUAUUGCUAUUUUACAAAAAAUCCAUGGAUAAAUAAAAAUGGAAAACCGGUACUUAUUGCAAAAAAGAUGGCAUUAUUCUCUACAAGUAUGGAUGCGUUUGACCCAAACAAGGUAUUUGUUCAUAAAUCUCGU